CUGACUUCAAUAUCGAAGUGCUUGACAUUUCUCCGAAGGGUCCCUACUGCCAAGGCCAGGAAAUCCGAAUUCUUCGUUCCCGCCCGCCCGGCCCGCUUCUUCUCCUCCAGUUACUCUCCCGGGGGCCGCCCCCUACCAGCUGCUUUACUAGAAUGCCCUCCCCCGGAGACCUCGGCUGCGGUCUCCCCGCACGUGGCCUGUCCAGUCACGUCGUCUUCGUCUGCAGCGCUUCGCCCCACCUCGCAACGACCAGCGGGUCUGGUGAGGGCUGGAUCCCAGCACAGAGCCCGGCGCAGGCAGAGACUGUCUGUCGGGCGCAAAGGAUGGAACCCAGGCCAAACCGGCGCCCUCGCUCUUCCUCCGCCCUGCGGCGGGUCUCCCAGCGCCCCGCCCUCUCCCCAGACCUCUCCGCUCUUUCGAGGGACCGCGGGUCCGAGCGGGGGAGUUAGAGGGGCCGCGGGUGGCGGGGCGGCGGCCGGGCUGGGCCCCUUUAAGGAGGAGCGCGGGGCGCGGCCCAGGUAAGGGGCGGGCCCGCGGGCGGAUCAGCGCUACGCGCCGGCGCUGGCCCCGGAGCCGGAUUUGGAGCUCGCGGCGCCGGCGGGGCCGCAGGGGGCGGCUUGGCGGAGCCUCCCCAGGUCUCGGACACUCCUCCCAGCCCGCCGCCGCCGCCCGCCGCCGCCUCCAGCUCCCCGGCGCCGGCCCGGCCGGGUCGCCACUUCCGGCAGCUCACCUGGGACGCGCUCACCUGCCUCCGGGCGCCUGGGCACCAGGAUGAAGGACCGGCUGGAGCAGCUGAAGGCCCUGGACAGCGUCAGUGCGGAGCUGGGAUCCGCGGAGGGUGCUUGGGCCAAGAGGAGCUCUCAGUGAGAAACAGCUGACACAGGACGACGAUGCCGACGAGGUCGAGAUCGCCAUUGACAACACCGCUUUCAUGGAUGAGUUCUUCUCUGAGAUUGAGGAAACUCGGCUCAACAUUGACAAGAUCUCCGAGCACGUGGAGGAGGCUAAGAAACUCUACAGUAUCAUUCUGUCUGCACCAAUUCCAGAGCCCAAAACCAAGGAUGAUCUAGAGCAGCUCACAGCUGAGAUCAAGAAAAGGGCCAACAACGUCCGGAACAAGCUGAAGAAUAUGGAGCGGCACAUCGAGGAAGAUGAGGUGCGCUCCUCAGCAGACCUUCGGAUUCGGAAGUCACAGCACUCCGUCCUCUCCCGGAAGUUUGUGGAGGUGAUGACCAAAUACAAUGAGGCUCAGGUGGACUUCCGUGAACGCAGCAAAGGGCGAAUCCAGCGGCAGCUGGAAAUCACUGGCAAAAAGACAACAGAUGAGGAGCUGGAGGAGAUGUUGGAGAGUGGAAACCCUGCCAUCUUCACUUCCGGGAUCAUCGACUCUCAGAUUUCCAAGCAAGCCCUCAGUGAGAUCGAGGGACGGCACAAGGACAUUGUGAGGCUGGAGAGCAGCAUCAAGGAGCUUCAUGACAUGUUCAUGGACAUCGCCAUGCUGGUGGAGAACCAGGGGGAGAUGUUAGAUAACAUAGAGCUGAACGUCAUGCACACGGUGGACCACGUGGAGAAGGCCCGGGAUGAGACCAAAAGGGCCGUGAAAUACCAGGGGCAGGCCCGGAAGCCCGAUUUUACUCUCGCCUGGUGUGGCCACCUUGUCUGCAGAUGGGAAUGGACUUUCAGUGGCCUUCCUGAGAGAGUGGGACCCAUUCCUUUGUCUCCUGUAACCGUCCGUGGACCUGACCCAGCACAGCAUCCAGCCCUGGAGGAGUCCGAUGCACCUGAUGCAACCCCGAGAUCCCCUCAGACCCUUCUCUCCCCGAGUGCCCAGAGCAGCCCGGCUUCUCUCUCUUCCCUCCGCUGUGUCAAAUUGUGCCUCGCACCUUGGGAAGCCAAUGAUCUGAGACCUUUCCAAAGUGCUGUAUUUUCUACCUCACGGAGUAUUCUUCUCCCAAAAAUUGCAUUGUACUUUUUUUAGGAGGGUUUCUUUGACAAAGCAAAGGGAUUCUUCCAAGUUAUGGCAGCAGUAAGGUUCGGACUUGAGUCUUCUACCCGGCAGGAUCGCAGCACUCAGUUUGCUGUCCCUGUGUCCUGAAAACAUGAGGGAUUGGCAGAUGUCGUUUGGUCUGGGAGCUGACUUGUUUGAAAUUCAGCCUUAAAUUAAGCUCAGUACGUUCAGCUUGGUGGCCACCCCUGACGCUCGUCUGCGUUGUAUCCUCAUGUUCACUGUGGGUGGUGCCGGCGUGACACCGCCGUCUGAGGGCGCCAUUCACAGAGGCUGAGAGGAAGGGAUGUGUCUUUUCAUGGUCAAGUCUUGGAGACUGGUUGCUCAGUGUUCGAGUCAUGCUUUGUGUAGCUGCUGCCUUGAAGCCAAAUAUGUUUUGCUUAAAAAGAAAAAUGUUGGCACUUAAAAUUGGGCCAGGAACAAGGUGCUCGAGUCUCCGGCUCCGGAAGUGCUUCAGACUGGUGCCAGCCUUCAGUCAUUCAUUCCAUGCGUUCCAGAUGCAUUCCUAUCAUUCUGUGCGAUGUAAAUAUUUUCAUGAAGUCUCUCUCAUGAAGUAGGAAGGUAGAAGUGGAGGACAUGCUAACCUCAAACAAUAACCUUGAUCUAGGCUAACAAUUAGGUUAAGAGACAUUUGCUUACCUGCAAAUGAAUCACAGUAGUAAUGCGAUCUUCCCAUGUCAUCGAGAAACCUGCUGGUUCUGUAUGAGUCCUAGGAGAAUCGUAGACCUUUGGGGUGAGGACUGAGUUGACCUCCGUGAAGUCUGUCUGCUUAGCAGACAGGCUUGCCAAGCUCUGGCACCUGCCCCUACCCGCUGAUGAGGCUGGGCUCGCCCUGGGAACAUCCCAGAGCAAUUUGGUAUCAUUCGUGUGGCCUUUGGAACGUCCUCUCUCUGGGGCUGAGUCAGUUGGGGCACACCAGGGAUUACUGAGUUGCUCUUCUUUCUACUGGGUUAGUGAGCUGGACAGGUUCUUUGUCCCCCCCAGUUCUUGUCAGGGAGGAAGCAAAGCAACAGCCAGGACAUUUUCAAAUGUAGCAACUGUGCUGGCCCAGUGGUGUCUCUGAUUCCCUGCUGGUCCCUGCCAGUCUGUCUGAUUUACUAAUAUAUUUCAGCAUUGAUUUUAAUGCUUUCUAAGACAGGGUGUGCACCCUCACCCAGGCACUGCCCACUGGCUGCCUCUGCAAAGGCUGCUUCCUCCCAGUCAUGGCCCAGCACUCAGAUGGAGCCCAGGGCACACCCCCCGUGCCCGUGGCUGUGAAGUCGACAGCAGACUGGCUCCCGCAGCAAGGCCAGACACACUCUAAUCACAGGCUUUUGCUCUGCUGAGACUGAGGUCUAGGGCUUAUAGUUUGGAAUACAGUAAGUGAAGGGUUUUGUUGUUUGUAUGUUUUUAAAGAUGUAAACUUGAUUAUUUUAUUGCUAUUUAAAAAUAAAUGACUUUAUAGUGAUUGUGAAA